AUGCGUUGCACAUCAAUGAAGAAAACUACACUGGACACAUACUCUCUAAUGAUUGUUUCCAAGUAUUUCAAUUCACCAAGUGAUUACAUAAAUGCAAUGUUGACUUCAAAGAAGCACACGAUACUCUUCACAAGAUUUCACUAUAACCCAAUUGAAGAAACUUUCUUAUUUAAAAAACUCGAAACGCAACACGUCUACUCGAGGAGUAGUACAUUGAUCCCUCAUAAAUUUCAAUACAAAGUGUGGUAUUCAGUGACUUACCAAGAGACUUAUAAUAAAGUCGAGAAUAUAGAAUAUAUGAAUGUGGAAUACACCAAUACGGAUGUACGUCUCUAUGGUGUUGACAUCCCUAAAUGUGAAAGAGUCCGUUCCGUGGCUCUGAAGUGUUUCUGUGAAUGCAACUACAUCACCUCACUUACCCUCCCAGAAGGCAUUUUGAACAUUUCCGAAUCCGCUUUUAUGAAUUGUCGAGAGCUCCAAGAGGUGGUCUUGCCAGACACUCUCAUUUCUAUUGGUAAAACGGCAUUUUCUUUUUGCGGGAAACUUUCAAGAUGA